UGUUUAUUAUUUAUACCCCAUUUGCACCUGCACCCUAGUUCCAUUCUCUUCCCUUCCACCAAUUUUUCAUUACUUCUUCUAACUCCUCAUGUGAGCUCCAUUUUGUAGCUUAGUUUAAAUCAACACAACAAAAACACUUUCACUUAUUUUUCACUUUUAAGUUUUAACCAAAGAGUCAUGAGUUGCAACGGUUGCCGUGUCCUUAGAAAGGGUUGUAGUGAGUCAUGUAUCUUACGCCCUUGUAUUCAAUGGAUUGAUACCCCUGAAGCCCAAGGUCAUGCCACUGUCUUUGUAGCCAAAUUUUUCGGCCGUGCAGACCUUAUGUCUUUCAUUUCCAACGUUCCUCAACCACAAAGACCCGCUCUGUUUCAAUCUCUGUUGUUUGAAGCGUGUGGACGAACCGUUAACCCCGUUAACGGUGCCGUUGGACUUUUAUGGACAGGAAAUUGGCACGUGUGCCAAGCGGCGGUUGAAACGGUGCUCCGCGGCGGAACACUUAAACCAAUACCGGAGCUUCUCGGUUCAGAUGCAGUUGCUUCCACUGUUGACGAUUCAUCCGAAGGGGAAGUCACGUGUAACGACGCGCGAAGGAGCCGAGAUGUGAAAUCGAGUUUCCCGUUCAUGAGUUCCGGUGGUAAACGUAAACGAUCGGGUGAAGUUGCGAAGGUUCAGGCAACGACUGAUCUUAAUCUCCGGUUGAUGCCUCAGAACGCGUUGACCAACGGUUGCCGGAAGGAAAUUCGCCGGUCAGGAACACCGUCGAUGAAUUCUGAGGAAUCUGUGACGACGAUGACGUGUUUGGAAAGUGGGAUCGGAGAUCACUACGUUCAUGACGGUGACCGCAAAGUUCUCAACCUUUUUGUUUGAGUUCUUUUUUUCUUUAUGACUUAUGAGAUUCGUGUUUUUUGUUUCUAGAUCGUGCAAUUUAGUGGUUGCUAGCACGCUAAUUUUGUCUUUUUUAGUGACCGGAAAAGAAAUCCGGUGAGAUUUUGUAAGACACCGGCACAGGAUUUUUCUCUGUUCUUUGAUUAACAGAGAGAAAGAUGAGGGUUAGUCGGUGACAUUUUUUUUUAUUUUUGAAAAAAUGGCUUAAUUAGUAAAAUGGUCCCUUAAAGACAUUUUUGGUUUCA